UCCCUCGAGUGCCUCUUGUUUGCUGAAGCAUCUUCCUUUUUACAUGUUUCUGAUUCCUGUGCGUACUCUUUGACUUAGAGCUGUUGUCCUUUCCUGUUGUCCAGGGAAUAAUUUUCUGCGGAGUUGAUAGGUAAACCCAGAUGUCUAGACUGGCUGGAAAUCUGGAAGCAGAGGUUGCUUUAAGCAAGGGUUUGUGCAGGGUUAGCUAUAGAAGGGAGAAUGAUGCAGACUGCAGACAGCUUGCUAUUUUACAGCAUGAUUUGGCAUAAACGGUUCGAUUGUGUUGGAUUUCAGAUCAGCACCAAGGCAGAAAUGUCGGAAACCAAUAUUCAGGAAAAGUUCAAAGAAAAGAUCACUGCUGUUCGAACUGUGGUUCCAAACAGAAGUAACAAUGAAAUUAUCCUGGUGCUGCAACACUUUGACAACAAUGUGAACAAGGCAGUGCAAGCUUUCAUGGAUGGCAGUGCAGUGGAAGUUUUGAAAGAGUGGAAUGUGCCAGGUAAAAAGAAGCACAAUAAGAAAAGGAAACGAAAACCAAAACAGCCAAGUGGCCAGGUGAAGGAAGAGCGCAAGAGGCCUGGCGGACUGGAAGACAAUGUCGAUCUCCCCCUGUCCAAAGCUGGACUGAAUGGUUACCAUGCCAAUGGCUCAGCCAAUGAUGAUUCCUCAGUGGAUUCUCUCAGUGAAAGGAUGGAGAUUGUUUCCAAUGAUGAGAAGGCAGCAAUGAGCCUGAAGUUGCAUCAGCUGCAAGCACCAGAAAAACCAGUUGGCCUGACACCUGAAGAGGAAAAGCUGCCUUCAGAGCCAAUAUCGCAGCCUCUUCAUGAUGCUCAAAAAUGUUUGACCAACAGACCAACUACAACUAAGGCAAAACCAAAAGCUUUGUCUGGUUCCCAUUCCACUGCUCCACCAUCUCCAACAGUACCAGGAGACCUGGUAUCAAACAAGAAGAGAGGUACAAGCAUUGAAAAAUCAGUGAAAGACUUGCAGCGAUGCACUGUCUCAUUGGCCAGAUACCAGCUUCUGAUCAAAGAGGAAAUGGAUGCUUCUGUGAAGAAAGUCAAGGCAACAUUUGCGGAGUUGCAGGCCUGCAUCAUGGAUCGAGAAGUUGCUUUAAUGUCAGAAAUGGAUAAAGUCAAAAAGGAAGCAAUGGAGAUCCUGGAUGCAAGACAGAGGAGAGCUGAGGAGCUGAAGAGAUUGACAGAUAUGGCUAUCCAGAUGUCAGAAUCCCAGCUUGCUGAACUUAGAGCAGAGAUUAAGCAAUUUGUAAGUGAACGCAAAUAUGACGAAGACCUGGGGAGAUCAGCCCGAUUCACUGGUAACAUUGAUAGUCUGCAAGCCCAGAUUCAACGGUUUGGAGAAGUAUCACAUCCAAAGAAUAACUACUCUACAAGACUGCAGUGCUCCUUCUCAUUGAGUCCAAUACAUCUGAAUCCUCAAGGCAGUUCUAAUAAUGUUCCUUCAGGGCCAUCUUCACUUGCUGCAUUAUCAUCAGUUAGUUCUAAAGCAGUGAAUUCCAGGGACAAUUCUAGCAUUCAGAAGGUACCUGCAGACAGACCGAAUUAUCAACGUAAUGGCCCAUCUGGUCAAAGACGAGGAUUGAAUUCCCGAGCGCAAGGCCUCCGGCUCAGUGAAAAUCAUCUUCCUGGAAGAUCAGAUGAGUGUAGGAACAGGAGCCGAAAGGGACGUGCCCAAGAUGGCUUUAAGAACCAGAAUCAACAUAGCAAGUCUAAGCAUCAGAGUUCAUCUCAUGAUGUAGACAAACUGCUACCAACAGAUUCUACUUCUAGCAGUACUGUACUGCCAGUUCAAAUGAACACCAACUCAGCAACCCCUGAACUAGCUACCACUAUAUCUGUAGUUCUCAGUGACCGGGCUUCCCAGUAUAGAUCAUGUCCCAUAAAGCCAGAAACAUCUGUAGAUACUAAAGUGUUGUCUUUACCUAAUAGAAUGACUGCGGUAGCUUAAUUUAUUUGCAGUAGCAUUCAUAAUUUACAUUUAUGCAAUUUCUGCCAAUUUAAGACUUGAAAAAAAUGAUUAUUUUCUUAACUUGGAUUAAAAAAAGAAUGUAGGCCUUUUAUUGCUGAAAAUUGCAUUUAUUGAGUGAAGAAUUUUAAGUAGGUAAUACAGAAAGUUUUAAUUAUAAUUUUGGGAGGAGGAAGUGAAUGAAAAGCCUUGAAAGGGCAUUAAACCUAUAAAUUCAAUUAUUGAAGUUGCAAUGAUUUAAUACAUAGACCAUUCAUGAAAAACUUUGGGAUGCAACUUUAUCUUUUGAAAAUUAUGCCCUCACAUCAUGUUCACCAAACAGCCGAUAACAAUGAUCAAGCAUUGUUUUGUUGAGGACUGCCCCUUUAACAAAAAGUCACCUUGAUGACAUUAUUCAUUCUUAGUAACACUGCCAAGGCAUUUUAGCAAAGCUAGUUAGUAACAUUCUACAGCAAUGAAUGAUUUAAAAUCUGAUAGAAAAUGUCAAAAUUCCAGUGAAGAUUCAAAUCAUUUCAGUGAUUACAUUUUUUUUUAAAAGUCCCUUUGAUUUCUGGCACCCUUAUGACUUUUCUAGUUCACUUUGUCCUAGACAUGGUUUCAGAGAUCAGACGAUCACUUUUAUUUCUUGAUUCAGGUCACUAAUUCUGUAAAGAGAGCUCUGAGGAGUGAAUAGAGUGUCUACAUUAUACCUUCCAACUUCUCAAACCCAGUGGUCAACUAGGAACAUGUUGACUAAAAUUAUGGUGACUUGUGUGAGGCAUUCACCUUCAGUGUUAGGAAAAAAAAUUACAUUUCCUAUCAGAAAAUGUAUAUUUUUGUUCAAAGAAGAUAAACCUGCAUUCCUUCUCCAAAUUGACACAUGAUACAACAAAUAUUAUGAGAUUAUUUUAAGACUUCUGUAAGGAAAUAGACAAGGAAAUCAUUGUAUUGUAUAAGUGCCACAUACAUGGAAAGCAUAUACAUAUUAUAUAUGAGGACAGGUGCAAUCCCAUGGACAUUCUGUUCGUAUCAAGCAAUUUUUAAAAAUCAUUAUUUGGCUCUACUAUAGAAACGCAGUUCGAAACUGUGACUUACAAGUCAUAAUCAAACUUUCUAUAACUCUGUUUGUAACUUCUGGUGCUAGCAGAUGUUAAAGCUCCCAUUUUGUUUGUAUCAUAGGAAGAAACUGGUAUGAUAAUUUUGAAUGUUAAAGGACCAUCCUUCCUCCUCACGGUUUACUGUUAAAUCUAACCUUUCCUUAAACGGUUUUACGUAAAUCAAUGGAAAACCAUACAACUUUAAAUGUUUCAAGUUAUUUUACACUAAAUAUUACUAUAUAUUCAAUUUAUGAAUUGUGAACAUCCUCUAUUGAACUUGGAAAUAUAGCAGUUAUGUAAAGAUUCCACUUGAGAUUCCAUAGUUGGUACAAUAGCAAAACAUCAGGCCUUAGUGCUGACUCUGAACGUUAAUUUCAAUAUUUCCAAAACAUAAAGAAAAAUCAGCAGAAGCAUACUCAGGAAUCAUUGAUCAUGGAUCAUGGACCACAGUGAUAAUUUUGUUUGGUUUAUUACUUCCCAGGUUAAAAAGCUAAAAUAUUUUUGUUCCCCAGUGUUUCAAUUAAUUAAUAAUUAUAAAUCUGCCAAGAUAUUUUAAGAUUUCUGUGAAUAAUUAAAAUUUGCACAUAAAAACAGGAAUUGUUUCUGCAUUCACCAAUUGUUGAUUUGGAUGAUUAAAAUAUAAUCAUGUUCUCACUUAGGAAAAGUGCCUUGAAUAAUAUAGAGUCAUUAAGUGAAUGUUCCAAACAAAUGGACCAAACAUUAAUUAGAAGAUCCUAAUUUGAACUAAGUAGUAAUUGAAAUAUGUCAUGUAAUAGGAUUUCAAUUCAGCUAAGUCUCUUGGCCUAUCUUUGUAGCUGCGCCUAGUGAAUGCAAGAAUGAGUUAUGAUGCAUACUGCUGCUUCAUAUUCCACCCAUCAUGUUUACCAAGUGUGCAUCUUAAACUUAGGGCGCCUCUAGAACAUGGCAUGACUGUCAAACUUGAUGUUGGUUGUCCAACAUGUCUUGCAUUCACUGGCAUGAAUUGUUUAUCUUGUAUCUUAUGUUUAAUCUAAAAUUUAAGUAGACAAACAGGGUACAAUGUUAGCCCACUUAAGGUCUUAUAUGUGCUUCUUUUUAAUUAGUGAGGCGACUCGAAGAACGAAUUCAGUCUUAAACUGAGUUGAGCCAUGAAACCUUAAUCUCAUUUAAAAAUAAAUCUCAUGUUUGAUUUCAAAAAAGCUUGUUUCAUCCCUGGAAAGCUGCUAAUAACUAAUGAGCUCUAUGGGCCUCGUCAGAGUUAAUUAUCUGAAGCUGUAAAUGCAAUACAGGUGAAUUCCUUAAAGAACGAGGAUGGUUAUCAAUCUUUUGUAUAUUCUCAGCUUUAAAUAUACAAUUUACACUGCUUAAAAUUGUUUUCUUUUAAUCUGCUUUCCAAUCAGUUUAUGAUGUUUUUGUUAGUAUGAUGGUUGAAGACUAAUGGACGUAAAUGUUCACUUAAUGGUCCAUUUAAGGAUAACCAUGAACCUGAACAUGGAAAUGGUACCAUCUUUCCAGUUUCAGUCAAAAAGAAAAGAGAAUCUUGUGUUUCAUCAAUCUGACUGCAUUUGUCUAAUUUUUAAAAUAUCCGUCUCAGAGGGAAGCCAUUGCUGGGUCUUAGUGCUGCCUAUUCUGGGAAAAUUGACAUUGUGGAAUGUGGCUUACACAAUGUAGAAGCUUAACUUAAUGUAGAGACUUUUACUUCAUGAAGCAAAUGGGACAUAACUUUUUGCACCAAAACUACCAUAUGAAAAACAAAUUGCAAAACCCAACAGGAUCAGACAGCAAUCAUCAUACACCAGCACUAGACAACACUCACACCAUUAACUGGUUGAUAACUAAAAUUUCCUUGAGCAACUGCAGCAAGAACUGAAGAAAUUACAAUAUGGCAAGUGUACUGCUCACAUUGACUAUUUAUCCAGGCAGGAGUACAUUGGGCUGGAAUAAACCCAAUUUUUGUCGUUCCCAACACUUACAGUACUACUUGAGUCAUAAGCUAGCUGUUCCCAUUUGAAGUAUUGGAGACUUUCAAUCUCAGAAACAAUUUGCUGUGAUAUACUGAUGUGUGUUUGCUGAUAAAGUCUUAUUGUUUGUACUCCUGUGUUAAGUUACAAACUUAGCUUUGCACAAUAAUGAUGAAAAGUGACUCUUUAAUUUCAUCAUACAAGUCACAACAACAUUGUCAUUUUAGUAAGGAGAUGAUGAAUGCCAAAAAUAAUAUUGUAUCUGUCAAUAUUGCUGCUUCAAGAAUUAAUUUCAGUAAUACAUCCAGUGUGAGAGAACUAUCCCAAACAGGUUGAAGAAUUACAGCACAGGUUAAAUGAUUUUACUCAUUUGCAGUCCAGAAUCAGUAGGCCUCUGCUACAAUCUCUGAGAUUUGCAAGUAUAGUUUUGAUUAGGUCAACUGAAAUGAUCUAUCCAACUGUUGUACUAAAAGCCAUGAACAUCUGCCAACAUAAUCAAAUGAUUUUAUAUACAAAAAUAUUUUUACUAUUUCUCAAAUACUAAAUUAUUAUCCAGUCUACUAUUCCUAGCUUGGCUACAGCAUUUGUAGUUGUUGCUUUGCGGAAUAAUCUUGCACCCUUAGCAAGGAUUACAAACAAACUGUCUUGAGGUCUGCCUGUAACCUGUCUGCAAAUGUGUUCACAUUAAUUUUAGUUCAAAAGAAAACUUAAAUAAAUGUUCAUGUA